AAGUUCCAUUCACUGGUUCACACAUACAAAAGAAAGAUCACUGAAUGCGAAACAUAAAAAGCCAUAUGCGUGGAUGUUUACAACUACAAAUCCUAGAGGUCAACAUAGACCUCGCGGGACCAUAAUUCACUACAGUUGCUAUGGACACUUAAAAGCACUCUGGGAGUUGUAGGUCAAAUAUUAUUCCAGCCUCAGUGACUAAAGCAACUUUUUAAAAAUCGUACUGUUUUAUCGGUCCUCUGAAUCAGUGUGCGAUUAAAUAAGAUCUGUCUGUAGUAGCUGUGUUAAUAUGCACCAAGUAUAUUCAGAUGCUGCCCAAAUUAACCGUAAAUGCAUAUUAAUGGCGUAUGGGGAUUGUAGUUUUUAUUUUCUGCUGAAGAGGACUUUCGGCAAUUCGUGCUGAGGGGAAAUUAUACAUUGAAUUGUUCAAGGCAGAGCGGUAUUCGUAAUAUCGAUUUAAAACUGAAAACGGCUGCUAAAUCUUUCUUAAAUAAUUUAUUUCAAAGUUUAUUUUACUCUAAUCUAUAUUUUCUAUUCAAUAUGUAACCAGGUGAAAUGCAUUCUUAUCAAUGCAACCCUGGUUUUUAUUUAUCUAAUGUAGGUCAAAUGAAUCGGACAAGAGCUGGUUCAUUGAAUUCCUUGACCAAAGCAGAAUGAUAUAGUGCGUAUCGAUUGUUUUCUUUUUUUUCUGCAUUUUAAUAAUCAAAUAAUCGGUCGUAUUUUGACACAGAAUGCGCAGGUGAAAGAGAGCGGAUUAAUCGGCGCAUUAAGGUACCCGGGCUCUGACACCAGCUGUCAACACUGCAAUGCUAUUUUUCCUUUUUUUAAAUAAAAAAAGGCGAGCUGACACUUUGAUUCAAGACGUCGAACACAUGUAAUCAUUUUAUACAAUCCCUUCACUCCCGAGGACGGUCGAGUCAGUUGCGAUCGAAUGUUUUCCCUCUGAUUACUUUUUUUUUUCUUUUUCGGUGCCCUCGGGUAACAACUAAGUUCUACCUGACAGCGACUGGCAGUGGGGGGAGGUACACCUGAGGCGAGUGACAGCUGCGGGGCAGCGAUCGCACAAGCGACGGAGAACACGCACACGCAGCCGGAGCCGUCGGAGACAAUGCAGCCUGACUGCAAUGUCUAAGGCCGCUGUGAAGAAGCACCACUGGCGCUCUAAGGUGCAGGAGAGCUUUGUGCCCCUCGGUGUGCCUUCAGGGGAGUUGGGUGUCGCCAUAGGUGGUGGGGCAGAUUAUGGAGAGUUCCCAUUCGUUACCACCACACAAGGAGGUGGGCCUAGCCUGGGAGAUCUCAUUCUGGAGAUUGGAGGCACGCCGGUGAUGGGGUUAACCCUUGGUGAUGUCAGAGGAGUCCUAAAUAGCUGCCCACACCCUGUCCGUAUCAAGACAGUUUCACAAGGGGCCACUCUGUGUAAAGACCUGAGACUAUACCUGAGUAAAUGUUUCACACCUGGAUCUGUGGACUCUCAGUUACAACAGGUGAUUCGGGAAAACCUGUACCUUCGAGCUGUGCCAUGCACUACUAGGCAGCCACGGGAAGGUGAGAUACAAGGGGUGGAUUAUAACUUUGUCUCUGUGGAGGACUUCUUUUCUCUCGAGGAAGCGGGCUCUCUCCUUGAAAGUGGCAAGUUUAAAGGGAAUUACUAUGGAACGCCACGGCCAGUUCAUAUCAGCCUGGACAGUCCCCCUAUUUCAUAUCAGGAGCAUCGAAACUUGCUGCAGAAGUUUAAAAUGAGAUGCAAGUCACUUAGCAACCUGGAAAAAGCGGGAGAAGAUGAGGAUUACAGUGAGGAAGACUCCGGACUGUCAGGGGGCUCAACAAUUAACAACUCCGCUCCGAUGGGCCGCUCUCCCAGUCAGUCACGGGAGUCCAGUGCAGGGGAUGGAAGCACAGUUGACAAUGGCCAUGAAUCGCUGCCAGACAACUGGGAGAUGGCAUUCAGUGACAAUGGAGAGCCAUACUUCAUUGACCACAACUCAAAAACUACUACAUGGCAGGACCCCAGAAUCCAAGGAAAGGACAACCAGAACAAUUCAGAAAAGAUGACCAUGUUCACAGACAACCCCUCUGAGCUAAAAGGCUACUCCAUUCAUACACGCCUCUGCAAGGGUCCUCGUGGCUUUGGCUUCAACAUUGUGGGAGGCAGUCGACCUCAGGAGUUUCUGCAGGUGUACAGCGUCAGCCCUGGAGGACCUGUGUCUUUACAGACAGCUGAUAUCUUGGUCUUCAUCAAUGAAACCUGUGUUUUAGGAUUGUCACAUAAGGAUGUUGUUGAAAUGCUCAAAUCAGUUCCAGUCGGGCACAGCGUGAAUUUGGUAUUGCGACGAGGUUAUCCAAUGUUGUACAACCCAGAUGGUUUCCCAAAGACCAAAGUAGAGACCCCCUUAAUGAGUGAAACCCUACAACCUGAAGAGAGGUUAUCCAAUGCUUCUAUCAGUGUAAAUGGAUAUCCCACAACACCUACCAGUCAGCAGGAAACCACCCUGGAUAGCAUCAAUAACAACAAGCAGCCUUCAUCUGAAGUGACACUCGGUCAAAUAUCCGGACAUCUGGUUGUCACUCACACAGAGGAGCUGACAUCCAGUUCAGAAAGUGCAGUCAAUGUGCUGUCUCCCUGGGAGCAAAGGCCCAAUCAAGUUCAGUCACAGAACCAGAACAACAACUCAUUACUGGCUGUUGUUCCACCAGCUGUUGCUUGUACUGCCAACAAAAUCCCACAUGGAGCACAAAAAAGUGUCCUGACAGCAGAAGUAAAAAAUAGCAGACCAACAGCUCCUGAUGUUGGUUCAUUCACCCAAUCAACACAGCAGUCAUUUUCAGGAGGCUCUGUGGAAUGUGCGGAGAUGGACUGUGGUGCCAGAGGCUGUGCCUUUGAUGGCUGUCCAGGCAAUAGCUACCCAACUUCAUAUGCACAAGUGCCACCAGUGACUAGAGAGCUCAUCCCUGUGCCAAUUAGCCACAGCGAGAAGGGACCAGGCUUCUCUGUAAUCGCAGGUGGGACAGGAGGUCGCACGGUAGUGGUGAGCCGGGUAUGGGACCACAGGCAGUGCCGAUGCUUGGAGCAAGGUGAUGCCAUCAUGAAAAUCAAUGGAGCUGACAUUCAGUGCCUCACUGCUGCCCAGGUGGAGAGGGUCCUGCAAGAGCAGAUACGACAGGGAGACGUGGUGCUCUUGGUCUACCGUGAUGUUUCUCCAGGGACUGGAGCUUCAAUGCAUGUCACAGGAACGCAGUCUAGUGGACACAGUCCCACAGACCCUGGCCUGAGAGGUGCACCACCAAGUGUCAGCUGUGGAGCAGAUACAUCCACUGAGCUGAAAAAGCACAGUCCUGAAGAUCUCCUUUUAGCUGUUCCAUCAGGUCAACUUCUUCUAUGUAGCCCUACACAGGAGGGCAUGAAGUCACCACUGGACUUAGUAAAGAGUACCAGCUUCCUAGAUCCGGUUCCAGUCACUCUCACCCUGGAACCACGUGACUGGAUGACACCACCUGCCAAAAAUCCUGAACCUGAGGCAAAAGAGGAAAAUGAGAAGGAAAAAGAAAAGGAGAAGGAGAAAGAUGCUUCCUGGCAGGUCGCAAAGGUUGAGAGCCGCUCACCAACUGAGCCCUGGGCACAAGAGGCACGGGAGAUAGAGCUGCUGCGUCGGCCAGACGAAGGUUUUGGAUUUGUCAUCGUCACUCGAGAUGCUAAAAAUGGUCAAGCUGACUCUCUGUUACCUCACAAGAUAAGCAAAAUUCAGAAGGGAAGCCCUGCUGACCGAAGUGACCGAUUAAAGGUGGGGGACCGCCUAGAAGGUGUAGAUGGUCACUCUAUCCUCACCAUGCCUCACAGAGACAUUGUGGAGCUGUUUCGGAAGGCAGGCAACUCCAUUCGCUUGCGCAUCAUUCCCCACAGCAGCACCAAUUCUUCAAGUCUGUCUGAAUCCACUGAUGUUGAAGGAGACUGUAGAGGUCACAGGAGUCAGAGGUCACGAUCAAAGGAUUCACGAUAUUACACCGUGGACUUAGAGAGGGGUCCCACAGGGUUUGGAUUCAGUCUUCGAGGUGGCAGUGAGUACAACAUGGGACUUUAUGUCUUGGGACUAAUGGAAGGAGGACCAGCCUCACGAAGUCGUAAAAUCCAGAUCAGUGAUCAGCUUGUGGAGAUCAAUGGAGAAAACACAGCUGGCAUGACUCACACCCAGGCAGUGGAACAGAUCCGGAGAGGGGGCAGUCGCAUCCACCUCGUCCUUAAGAAAGGGAAUGGAUAUGUACCACACUAUGGCCCUGACAAAAAGGGAGACCUCUCGUCCACUGCCAAAUCUGGGCUCAUCCGUGGCAUUCAGUUCAAAAUCCAGCAGGGUGUGGCUUCAAUAGCUCACCAUGCUGGUAUUGCUUCCUCCAGUAACAAGCACUGCUCCAAGACUCCGCCGGAAUUAAGGAGAGGGGAUAGCAAUCAACCCUGGCAGUCACCUGCUGAAAAUCAUUGUGAGGGGAAAGAAUUGAAGAAAAAGAAAAAAGGGCAGAGUGCAACUGCAGAGCCCAAUAUUAGUGCAUCUAACGUAGAGCCCGAUUGGUGGAGGCAGUGGGAUUGUUUGCAAAGUAGGCUGAAAGAGAAAGGAACCAGUUGCACCCUGAAAGAGGAUCCCCGAGACAUUUUGUCAGACAACAGUAAAGAGAAGGAAGCAUACUGUGUUUUGGGAAGAAACCUUGAAAAUGACAGGGAUGUUGGACUAUUUGCAAAUAUUGAGAAAGACAGAAAACAAAAAGACUGGAGACCCAUGAAGAGAGAUGAAUUUGGAGAGAAACUGGGAGGACACAAAGAUGGAAAUGAAGGCGCUAUCAAGCAGAGCAGGAACCGAGAUGAGAGUUGUCUUGAGGAUAGGGUUGAAGAUAGAGUGAGAGAGAAAAGGGAGAGAUCUGGGGACCGACGUCAGGACAGUAGGGAAAGAACUGGAGACAGACACAAAUACAAAUCCAGAGACCGAGAUGAGGCCUGGGAGGAACCCGAUGAACAUGGACGAGGUGACCCAGAUGGGGAUGGAUUCCAAGAGGUGGGUAGAAGCAGGCCUUGUAGCAGAAAUUUAGAUUAUAAAAACGGAGGACAAAAGCCAGGUGACCCUAGCGAUAAAAGCAAGAUGGAAGUCCAGCAAGAGAUAACCAAUAGACAUACAACAAGGAAGUCUGCAAAUAAGCAGUAUAAUACCUCAGCUCUGCAGGCUGCUAAAUUGGAAGCACCUCCACAGCUUGAUACAUCCUCUCAAUAUGCGAUAAAAGACAAGACACCGAUUAAUGCCCAGAGUCCACUGCUCAGUGACCAACAAGACUCUGUAGCCUGUGUCAGCAUAUUGGAAGAGACAUGGAAUGAGCAACCCUCGGAAAAAGCAGAGUUGAAACCAGGGUUAGGAUGUUUGGGCAGACAGAUCUCCAUGGUGUCACCUGUGCAAAAUGAAAUGGGUGGAAGCAUGGAAGAAGGAGAGGCUCAGGCAAGGAAGACAAUGCUACCUGGUCCAUGGCUAGUCCCCAGCAAGGAAAAACUCUUGGAGGUUCUUGGCUCAAACAGACUGAAAUGAAGAGAAGUGAGACUGCAGGGAAAAAAAUGAAAAGCCAUUCUAAACUUUUCCUAAUGCUCAGACAGCCUUGAGAAUGACUUUGGAUGCCACAGAGCUGUUUUCAAACAAUACCUAAAGAUGUGCAUCACAUCCACUUGUUUAGCAGUUGCACGUCUAUGCAGAGCUUAUGACUAACGUGGGAAAAGCUGUACUGUAGCUUAUGUUAAUUUAAGGUUUGAUUUACCUAAGGCAGCCAUUUGUCAGCUGUACUUAAUUGUCAGCUAAUGUGUGGAUUGUUCAGGGGGAAACUGCCACUUUAGCAGGAUGGCUGGCACAACCAUUCAGUGUCCUUGUAGUAUCCAUCCACAUAGUCAAUCCAUGUCAAGUAUUGCUAGCCAUGCCACCAGGGCUUCUACAGUUUACUCUUUCUUUCAAGGCAAUGAGAAGAAAAUGUUAGAAUGAAAACAUGUCUCAGGACUGCCUAUAACUUGAGGGUAUAUCAAAAUGCGUUGCCUUUAAAAGUCCAAAAUACCUAUGCCUAGUAUUGCACAUCAACUCCAGAUAUGAUACUUGAGUCACUUCUUCAUGUCGUUGAAGUAAAUCCACAUCCAAGGCCUGAGUGAAACAUGUUGAAGAAAUAAUUCAUGUGGUUUUUCAUUCUGACCAAAUUACUAAACAGAAGCAGAUUUCAGCCAUUUUAUCAAAAGAACAUAUUAACUAAAUUCAGACCCUUCUUCAUCUUUUCUUUCCUUCUAAAUAUACAUUUUACAGUAAGAAGAUUUACCAUUAGUACUGUCUAGUGUGCCACAUGUGUUCAUUUGUCACGAAGAAAAUGAAGAACCCGAACAACAGCAAAUGCAUCCAUUCAUCCAUCCAUCAUCCAACCAGCUAUAUCCUAACUACAGGGUCACGGGGGUCUGCUGGAGCCAAUCCCAGCCAACACAGGGCACACGGCAGGAAACAAACCCCAGGCAGGGUGCCAGCCCACCGCAGGGCACAGCAAAUUCAUAAAAAUUGUAUUCAAUCACAUAAAGCACUAAGAUGUUUACUGACAAUUGAGUGUGAAAAUUAAAUUGAGAUCUUACAACAGGGAAGAUAAGUACUGAACACGUGAACAUUUUUCUCAGUAAAUAUAUUUCUAAUGGGGUUAUUGACUUGAACUUUUCACCAGAUGUCGGUAACAACACAAG